CGUCAGGCGGCGGUGUGGGCGGGAGGCGCGGCCAUUUUGCAGCAGCCGGCCGCUCGCCAUGUUGUCCGCCGUGCUCCGCCUGGCCCCGGCCAACCCCUUCAACGCGCCCCGCUUCCAGCUGCUGCCCCCCGACCACCGCGCCGACACUGACACCGACACCCACACACACACCGCCCAGCCGCCCGCCGGCCCGGGAGUCGGCCGGCGCCUGGCUGCGGCCGCGGGGCCGGUAGAGGACUACAGCUGUGAAUAUGGCUCCUCCAAAUUUUAUGCUUUGUGUGGAUUUGGAGGUAUACUGAGUUGUGGUAUUACACACACUGCAGUUGUUCCAUUGGAUCUGGUGAAGUGUCGAAUCCAGGUGAAUCCUGGCAAAUAUCAGUCCAUCUUCAAGGGGUUUUCUGUCACAGUGAAAGAAGAUGGCUUCCGUGGCUUGGCAAAGGGGUGGGCUCCAACCUUCAUUGGAUAUUCAAUGCAAGGACUGUGCAAAUUUGGUUUCUAUGAAGUCUUCAAGAACGUGUACAGUGGUAUAUUGGGUGAAGAAAAUGCGUACUUGUGGCGUACAUCUCUGUACCUUGCUGCAUCUGCCAGUGCUGAAUUCUUUGCAGAUAUUGCACUUGCUCCAAUGGAGGCUUGUAAGGUCCGUAUUCAGACCCAGCCUGGGUAUGCAAACACCUUGAGGGAAGCUGCACCCAAAAUGUAUGCUGAAGAAGGCCUUUGGGCAUUCUACAAGGGUGUUUCUCCUCUUUGGAUGAGACAGAUUCCCUACACAAUGAUGAAGUUUGCUUGUUUUGAGCGCACAGUUGAAGCACUAUACAGAUAUGUGGUGCCCAAACCUCGUGAUGACUGUUCCAAGGCAGAGCAGCUAGUGGUGACUUUUGUUGCUGGCUAUAUUGCCGGUGUGUUUUGUGCUAUUGUAUCUCACCCUGCCGACUCUGUGGUGUCUGUGUUGAAUAAGGAAAAGGGCAGCUCUGCUUUUCAAGUUCUCAAGAGGCUUGGACCUGCAGGUGUGUGGAAGGGGUUGUUUGCCCGUAUCAUCAUGAUCGGCACACUGACCGCCUUGCAGUGGUUUAUCUACGAUUCGGUUAAGGUUUACUUCAGGCUUCCUCGCCCACCACCACCUGAGAUGCCAGAGUCACUGAAGAAGAAGCUUGGACUGACUAAUUGAAAGAUACACAGAUGGACUGGGCCACAUGUGUUGCAUCCAUAAGACAUGUAAAAAGUUUUAUUUAAUAUUCAGAGUAUCAUGUCUGUAAUGCCUCGUUGGUGAAUGCUGGCAAAGUGGGUACAGUAUUCGUCAUCUCCACUUCUGAAUAAAGAGCAUUAACCCAAGUUUUAGAUGUGUAAACCGAUCACUUUAUUUUCAGGUUUGUUUAAUCAGUUUAAAAUAGCUUGGAUUCAAACUUUGUUUUUAUGAAAUACAAGAUCAGCCCAUUUUGGAAAUUUGCUAUUGGUGGACAUCUAGGCAGGAAUCAUUUGGCUACACCAGAGCUAUUGUAUAUUUGGUUCAGUCAGUAAAAACUGUUUAAAGCUGCUUAGACGUUGUUGAUUUGUGACUGAGUUCGUCUGUAAAUUUAAUUGCUUGAGUUAAACUUUUUAAAGUCACUCCUUGUAUUCUCUGCAGGUAAACAUCAGUUUUAGUAGUUGUGCAAUUAAAGGUGUACAAGGUUAAUAUUACCAAAGUGGUGUAGGCAUGUAGACUCUGCUGCCAUGGAUGUUCUGUCAAAAUCUAAUAAAAUGUUUGCAAGCUUA